CUGAGAGCUAUGAAGAUCUUUCUAUUUACUCCCUCCAUUUAUUCUCCUUCUUCUUCUUCUUCUUCUUCUUCUUCACCAUUUUCUCUCUCUCAUAAAUUAACAAUCAACCAAAAAAUAAAAAAUUAUUUAUUUAAUUAACUAUUGGUUCAAAUCUUGCCUACCUCUUGCAUAUAUACCACUCAAAUUCUGUUCAAUACUUUCAAGUAUAUAAAGAGCUAGCUGGCCAAACCUCAAUCUCUAACUUCAUUAUUUAUUGUCCUUUUUUUCUUUAAGUUUAUGGCAAUUGCAGCAGCAAGCAUGAGCAACGAUAAUAACAGUAACAACAACAACAACAACAACAACAAGGAUGACGAUGAUGACCACCAUGAACAUGACAUGGUGAUGCCUGGUUUUCGUUUCCAUCCUACCGAAGAAGAACUGGUUGAAUUCUACCUUCGCCGUAAGGUUGAGGGCAGGCGUUUCAAUGUCGAGCUCAUCACUUUUCUUGAUCUGUACCGCUAUGACCCUUGGGAACUUCCUGCUUUGGCGGCGAUAGGAGAGAAAGAGUGGUUCUUUUAUGUGCCGAGAGAUCGAAAGUAUAGAAACGGUGACAGGCCUAAUAGAGUGACGACUUCUGGGUAUUGGAAGGCGACCGGAGCUGAUCGAAUGAUCAGAAGUGAGAGCUGUCGAUCAAUUGGGUUGAAGAAAACCCUAGUCUUCUACUCUGGGAAAGCUCCUAAAGGCAUCAGAACCAGUUGGAUCAUGAAUGAGUAUCGUCUUCCUCAGCAUGAAACUGAACGAUACCAGAAGGUCGAGAUAUCGCUUUGCCGCGUGUACAAGAGAGCUGGAGUUGAAGACCAUCCAUCUCUUCCUCGUUCGCUCCCAACGAGAGCCUCAUCUUCAUCAUCAUCAAGAAGCUUUACGCCAUCGAAUAAAUAUCCUCAAGAGGCAGCUCAACAUGUAGCAAUGGAGAGGUUCCAAACUUUUGGAACUCAAUCUCAUAAUUCACCUCAACUUGAUAUCGAAAAGAUAAGUGAAACAGAUGGAAGUACAACCUCAGAUGUUACCAUAGUUCUUGGGCUUUCAAAACAAAACGUUUACCGUCCAACAAUGGCUCCAAUCAGCACCUCACUCGGGCUGCCGUCUUCCAUUGAAGAGGAAGGCUUGUUCCUUCACCAGUCUAAACAAGUAUUCAAUUCUUUAGUCCCCACUUGCACCACUCUAUUUCCCGGCGGAUCCUCUUCUGUGUCGUCAAACUCCGCCGCGGCCACUGCCCUUGAUGAGUUUCACCGAUUAUUAACGUACCAACAAGCUUCCAUUAACCAGCAACAACAACAACAACAACAACCGUAUAAUUUCAAUCACCACUUGCAAUUCUCCACUUUGCAACCUCAUCAAGUGCAGGCGGCGCCGCAGGGACUCAACACUCUAACAACUUCACUUCCAACUGCAGCUUUAAUCUCAGAUAGACUGUGGGAGUGGAACCCAAUUCCAGAAGCAAACAGAGACUACAACGAGGCAUUCAAGUAAAUUAGUUCAAUCCUAUCACUAGACCGAUUAUUAUUUAUCUAGCUAGUUCUUAAUUUCUCAACUGCAUGUUUUGUGUUAUUAGCUUUAAUACAUGACUGAUUAUUGAUGAAUUUUAUCUGCGACUCUACUAGGGUUUAAUUUUAUGUUAAUAUAUAUAACAAGUGAUUAAUUUGAUUGUUUCUUUAUUCUAA